AUGUCGCCUAUAUCCCUGUCGGACGGCCAGGCAAAAUGGACUCAAACCUCUAUUUGUAAACUACAGGUUUAUGAUGCCUCCAACAACCUCCUUGCCUAUCUACAUGGAGACAGAAAGGGCUACAUUGUCCAGUCAGCUGUCUACUACCGUGUUGUGUUUACUACGAGUCCUUUUAAUGACAGAAAGGGAUUUAAGGCUGCAUGGACAGAGACUACAACUGAGCAUGCCAGGGUUGGCGGCUAUGCCACGUUGUCUUGGACUCUCCCGGAGCCUGGGACCAGGGAGUUGAGUGUGUGUAACACUGAGACAAAGACAUGCCUUCUUCAUGUCACAGGCUAUAAUGACAUCAGAGCUGCCAGUGACAAGUUGACAUCUAGAGUGAGAUUCAUUGGAAAGGUGUCAUCCUCAGGAACUGGUUUGUUCAGAUUCACGCUCUCUAGUGUAACUUGGGAAGACGCAGGUCUCUACCAGUGUUACAGAGGCGCACCAGACUCACGAGGACCAGCCAUCCCUAAUUGUGGCCAGAAGCUGUUACUGCCGGAUGAUGCAGUGAUCGGUGAGACUGUCACUCUGUCCUGUAGACUCCCACAGCCUGUAGUCAGGGAGUUCACUGUUUGGAAUACUGACUGGAACAUAACCCUGGCCCAUGUGACAAACUACCAAGACGUAAAUAUUGUCAGUGAGGUAUACAGAUCAAGACUUACUCUGAAAUUUCAUGGACAGGAUCGGUUGAUACUUGAGCUAAAGUAUGUUGGUUUAAAUGACGAAGGUCAGUUUUGCUGCUACAGUGGCACUCCAGACUCUAGAGGAUCCAGGAUAACAGACUGUGGUCAGCGGCUCCGCAUGUAUUGUAAGUACUCACCAUCAAACACUGCUACAAAUCUGUAGAAGAAAUUAAAUGAAUGUACGUCCGUCCUAUGGCUGUUUGUAUUUAGCUGAAGGUCAUGUGAGCUAAUGUCAUCACAAGUCGUCUGAUGUCUAUCAUCAUUGUUGUCCAUAAUCAUUUUACUGUUUUUUCCAAUUUUUAAAAAUUUACCAUAAACCUGAUACGCUUUUACAUCUUAUACCAUUCAUGGAGGUAUACUCAUGAAACCUAGUUUUAAGUUUGUAGUUUGCA